CAAUGUAAAAAUGACAGCAUGAUUGUUCAGUUUUCAGUUUUAACUAUUUAUUUCGUGUUCGGUUUCGUGUGUUCUAAAUACAUCCCAGCUAUACCAUUGCCUCUCUUUUGGGGGCGGGUAGGUAAAAGAUUUUAUAAUCACUUGUUGUUUAUAAAAUAUUCUGCCAUUUACCCAACCAGUAAGAUGUCUUCCAGCUACGAUCGAGCUGUCACCAUAUUCUCGCCGGACGGACACCUGUUGCAGGUGGAGUACGCCCAGGAAGCGGUUCGAAAGGGAGCGACUGCGGUUGGGGUUCGGGGAGCCAACGUUGUGGUCCUCGCUGUGGAGAAGAACUCGGUGGCCAAGUUGCAGGAGGAUCGAACGGUGCGUAAGAUUUCCAUGCUCGACCAUCACGCGGUGUUGGCAUUCGCAGGUUUAACUGCCGAUGCUCGAAUCCUGAUUAAUCGCGCUCAGGUCGAAUGUCAGAGCCACAGGCUCAACUUCGAGAACCCGGUGACCCUGGAGUACAUCUCCAAGUACAUUGCCCAGCUGAAGCAGAAGUACACGCAGAGCAACGGUCGUCGACCCUUCGGGUUAUCAUGUCUAAUCGGAGGAUUCGAUGCCAAUGGAUCUGCUCAUCUCUUUCAGACCGAACCAUCAGGAAUUCUUUAUGAGUACGUGGCAAGCGCCACUGGCCGGUCUUCGAAUACAGUGCGCGAGUUCUUAGAGAAGACCUUUUGCCAGGAGAAAGUUAGCUCGGAAUGCGGAGCCGUAAAACUGGCCAUCCGAGCACUCCUAGAAGCCCAGUCGGGCCAGAACAAACUGGAGGUGGCCAUCAUGGAGCACGGCAAGCCCAUGAAAAUGCUGGACAGUAGAGCCAUUGCCACAUACGUUAGAAUUAUCGAGGGGGAAAAGGAGCAGGAGCUUGCUUUUAGAAAAUAUAGAGCUUUGGAUGAUUUAUAGAAAACAGUUUUGAGCUGCGGUAGAUUUUAAUUAAAUAAUCGUUUACUAUUGUUCAAUCUAUAUUUUUUUGAAUCGUUCUUGAUGUAUGCAUCGUUUUAAGCUCUUAAUGCUCCCAGACUUAGACAGAAUUUUGUUUCCUUUUUUCUUAUUACUAAAUUAUGUAAAUGCAAAUGCAUAAGCUCUGCUUGUUAAAAAAUAAAUAUUUAAUGCA